AUUAUGUGACUGUGAUGAUAAUGCUAAACCAAAAUCCCCCAAAUCUGCACUCAAACGUCCAGCAUCUUGAAUCCAACAAUGGCUGUGUUAUGGUUUAUUUAUCCCCCAAUUUGGGGGAUUUUUGUGCUGUAGCAAUAAGAAAUAAAAUAUUUUAGACAACCAAUAACCAAAUCGCUUCAGUACAGCAGGAUAAACAUAUAUAGUUGUGGUUUUUGUAGGUUUUUUCCGCUCUUCUCCUUUUCUCCGGCUGUCACAGGGCUGGUAAGUUAGCGACGGUCCCUGGCGGCAGACAUCACGGCCCAGGGGAGGGAUGGAGCUGAGAUGGACAGGGAGGGAGACACCGGCUUACGACGUCAAAGGAGUACAGACACACACACACGCACACACACACAUAGAGAGGGAGAGGGAGAGGACAGCCAGCCAGCCAGACUGCCAAUUCCCCACAGUCUACUGAAGGAAGCCUAAAUAUCCACCUAUCUCAACACUCUCCGUUUAGCCAAGCCAGUAAGAGAUUUGUUUAUAAAUAUAUAUAUAUUUUAAAUACACCAAAUUUAUUUGAAAGGAAAAAAAAUACGGAGCAUCUGUCAGGAAAGAGCAGUGGAAAAAAACAACAAGCAGAGCUAGAAAAGCACGCUCAUGCCGAAUAAAGGACCGUCGCUGGAUGUUACUUGUGUUGUUUUAGGGGGCGUGCGGGCCUAACUUGUUACAGGAUCCAAAGACGCUCUGGCAGACACAUGAACUGAGUAAUUUGAGGUUUGAUAAGUAAACAACAGCGAGGGGGGAAAAAAAGAAGAAGAAAGGCAUCAACUGAUCGCGCCGAUUCUUUGCCACAAACAGCACCACAGACUUCUCAAUGAAGGAGCCUGACGCCAUCAAGCUCUUCAUCGGGCAAAUACCCCGAAACCUGGAGGAGAAGGACCUGAAGCCCAUCUUUGAGCAGUUUGGCAAGAUCUAUGAGUUGACGGUGAUAAAGGACAAGUACACGGGGAUGCACAAAGGAUGUGCCUUCCUGACAUACUGUGCACGUGAGUCUGCCCUGAAAGCCCAGAAUGCACUGCACGAACAGAAGACGCUACCGGGGAUGAACCGCCCAAUCCAAGUGAAGCCUGCAGACAGCGAAAGCAGAGGGGACAGGAAGCUGUUUGUGGGCAUGCUGGGAAAGCAGCAGACGGACGCCGAUGUGAGGAAAAUGUUCGAGCCGUUCGGCAGCAUAGAGGAGUGCACGGUGCUCCGCGGGCCUGACGGUACCAGCAAAGGGUGUGCAUUUGUAAAGUUCCAGAGCAACGCAGAGGCCCAGGCCGCCAUCAACGCUCUGCACGGAAGUCGUACUCUACCUGGCGCCUCGUCCAGCUUGGUGGUAAAGUUUGCAGAUUCUGAGAAAGAGCGAGGGCUCAGGCGGAUGCAGCAGGUGGCCUCCCAGCUUGGAGUCAUCAGUCCCAUGACCCUGCACCUCGGGGCCUACAACGCCUACACGCAGGCCCUGAUGCAGCAGCAGGCCUUGGUGGCGCAGUCGGCCUACCUCUCUCCUGUUGCCACCGUGGCUGCAGUUCAGAUGCAGCAGCUCGCUGCCCUCAACCCCAGUGGCAUCAUUGCCACGCCGAUUGCAUCCAUCACCCCGUCCUCAGGUACCAGCACUCCACCCUCCAUUGCAGCUACACCUGUUCCUGCUCUGCCUCCACCAAUCGCAGUGAACAGCUACCCAUCUGUGCCAGCACCACCCAACGGCCAGCCAGCUACAGAAACCCUGUACACUAACGGGGUUCAUGCCUAUCAAGCUCAGAGUCCUGUGCUGGACCCCCUGCAGCAAGCUUAUACAGGCAUGCAGCAUUAUACAGCCACCUACCCUGCUGCCUACAGCCUGGUGGGACAGCCGUUCCCUCACCAGCCCACGCUGGUGGCCCAGCAACCACAGCAGCCACAGCAGCUGCAGCAAAGAGAAGGUCCCGAAGGCUGUAACAUCUUCAUCUACCACCUGCCACAGGAGUUCACUGACUCUGAGAUACUGCAGAUGUUCUUGCCCUUUGGAAACGUCAUCUCUGCAAAGGUCUUCGUCGACCGUGCCACCAAUCAGAGUAAAUGCUUUGGGUUUGUGAGUUUCGACAACCCAUCCAGCGCCCAGACUGCCAUCCAGGCAAUGAACGGCUUCCAGAUUGGCAUGAAGAGACUGAAAGUGCAGCUCAAGAGGCCCAAGGAUGCCAACAGGCCUUACUGAAAGAGGAAAGUGUUCAAUCAAGAAAAACCACUUGGGAUGUCCCAGCCUUUUUUGGUUGUUUGACCAACCGUAUAGCACAGGAGCAACACUUCACAUAAAGCAGUAUCACGUGUAUGCGCUUUACAAAAACAAACAGCAGCAGCAGCAGCAGCAGUAAUAUCAGCAACAAACGCAUCGACUGAAUCAGCAUCCGCAAUAUGAGAAGUGCUCCCGAGUUCCUAUCAUUCCACAGCUGGAUUCAUUUAUAUAUGUACAUAUCUAUUGUCGGCAACAAGAUAUACAUGUUAAGAAAAAGCAUAUCACUGAUGUUAUUCUACUGAACAGGGUUCUACUGUAUAGUGUGAUUUGUGGUCUGCGGCGUUAACAGAAGGCCAGUCUACACAGUCGGAGGCAAAAGAAAAUACUACUCUGUAUGAUUACCAUUGGUAAUAUUGUUAUGUAGAGUUAGUUUUAUUAUUUAUAUGUAAAUUUAAAAACAAUGGGGGUACUUAAGCUGGAAGAGAAAUGGAUUUCCUCUCACUGUAAAUACUUUGGUUUAAAAAAAAAAAAGAAAAAAGGAGGACUCUAAAACUUCACCAGUUAACAUUCUCUGCUGCCACAACUUUUAAAAAUUAACAAAGCGGAAGGAAGGGCUGGGAAUUUUUCUAUCUUGAUUUUUUACGUUUUAAUUUAUUUGGUAAUCAAUUUGACGGCGGGGGACAUGUGACAAUUUCUUUUUUAAUUUAAGAAGAAGAAGAAGAAGAAAAAAAACAGGAUUCCUGUGGUCUUCAUGAUGAUGAACACUACUGCUAUUAUAGAGUUUUUAAUUACAUAAAUGUACCUAUGGAAGUGGAAAAAAAACGUUUCUUUAUUUAUUCUCUACAAUCGCUGUUUUAAAACAUAUGUCUUUAAAAGAAAAUAAAGUACAA